AUGUAGACUUAAAUUUUGAUAAACCUAAUUAAUGUUUAGGGGGUGUGAACAAAAUACAUUUUAGGGGUGGUCUGUGACAGGCAAAUCAAUUAAAAAAAUUGGUUUUGUGGCUGUAUAAAAAAAAAUGGUAGUUUUUUUAUUGGACUUGAAAAAGUAAAGAAUGCAGAGUUGGCUGUUGAAAAUUUUUGUCCAACAUAGCGGAAUGAAAAUAACUAGAAUCCCUCUAAAUUGCCGGCAUUUUUUGAGGUUAGAUAAUUGUUUAUAUUUUUUAGAGUCGCAAAACCAUCUACAAUGGCACUAACAGGAAAAACUCAAUUGGUUAUCAAUUGCUCGCAAUCAGAUUACUACAUUCACUGCAUUAUUAACUCUGGGGUCAUCUUAGACGAAGACAUGGAGUGCAUUUUGAUGCAUUUCGGAAGUGAUGAACGUUACAGCCAGGAAAUUAAGUUGUCGUUUUUGCAAAAAUUAAUUGGGGGGUUGUCUUUGGCUGGAACUGUCUUCUUGGCGGAAAGAAAAUGCCCUGUUUACAUGUUGCCAAUUUCGGCCUCGCCUGUUCUAUUGAUGAUUGUCAAAACUAUGCGUCGUUCCAUCCGACAAAGGACACAAAAACGCAACUUCGAGAUUUUUGUUGAUACAGUUGGUAAAAUUGCGAAACUAAAUCGCAUGAUUUCUGAAUAUUUUAAGCACAAAAACGUCGCAAGUCCUGAAACUACUGAUAUUAUCAAUCCUUACACACCAGCUAUGAAGAAAUUGGUCGAAUUAGUUUUCAUGGAAGAAACCUUUGUAUGUUACAAGCUAAGGAUUUGCGUACGCGAAUUGGGGAAUUAUGUGCCUUUCCUCAAAAAGGAGUUUGCUCAUGUGGAGAAUAUUGAAAUAGAUAAGUUGACCAGCUUAAACAUUCACAAUAUCAAUGACUGUGUUACCCAGUUGAAACAACUCUGUGAUAUUUACUUGUUACUAGCUUCCAAUUGUUUAACUUCGUUGACUAUUGCUUUGAGUCCUAGAAUUUGGUCUCAAUAUGAUGUUGAUCUUCGCUAUAUCUUAGAGCUACUCAUUCCGAGAAUGAGAAUUAUCACGGAGAAAGCUUACAAUGUUAUUAAUAAAAAAUUUGAUGAUCUAAAAUACUACUACUUAAACCGAAGCCAAGUUAAAAAGCGAAUUAUGAAGAUCAAACCAAAUGGACAAUCAAAACUGUACAUGGGGACUUGCGAUAUGAUGGUACAUGUCUCAGACAUUAUUGAAAAGUCUGAAAUUGUUUACAAGAUGUUGCAAAAGCACAAUCUUCAAACUUUGAACGAACGUGAAGUGGUUGGCAAGUGCAUUGCGGAGCUCCGUACUCACGUGUUUGAUUACUAUGAGGCUUUGGAUAUUUUGCAUAAAUUCUAUGAGAUAAAUCUGAACCAACCGAAACCCCAAACCCAAAGAAAACUCGUUGAGAUUCCUGAAGAUGGUCCUGUUGCCUCAACCAGUCACGGGGAUGUUGAUGAUGCAAGCUUGAAUUCGGUUGAACCGGACAAGGAUGAAGAAUACGAGGCGUAUAUUGGAGCCAACGAUAAUAAUUCUGAUACAAGCACUAGCUACAGUGCUUACGAGGAGCAGGAAAGCCGCAGAUAUGCUUCCAUUUUGGGCCAGGAAUUGAAAAAGAAAUUGAAAUCUCAUGCCCGAUUCGUUGCUGCAAGACAACGCAGAGGACUUAAGGAGGAAGAAUCCGAGGACGAAGCCAGUCAACUGCCUCCACGAUUCUUUCAAGUUCCCGAGCCUUUGCCACCGAUGCGUAUUCCGGAUCCGUUACCCAACUGUGAACCUUUUGGAAGGGUUCUUGUUCCUCCCCCACCCCCGCCGCCGCUACCACCAAUUGAUUUAGGUGGAUUUGAUGAUGAUGAUGAACCAGAGGGGGUUUACACUGUAGUGAACCAUUUUCUUGAUUCUAUUAAAGCUGCAGCUCAAAGCCGUUCCAGCAGCGAAGAAGUAUUUCAUUUCAGCGGAUCUGACGAGUAGCUGAAAUUAUUUGUUCACAUGAUUAUAAAGUAUUAACUUAUUAACUUAUUAUUAUUAUAUUAGACGUUUGAUGUGUUCGUAUUUUUUGUAUUCAAUUAGUUUUGUGAGUUCUAACGUUUUUGUUAUUUGAUAUAAAGUUUUUGUGAGUUCGUA